AUCCGGCCUUCCUGUGCUCUGGCCAUUAGACACCUGGCUAGGACGGAUACAGCAUGGCCAGCCUGCAAGCCCCACUCCUCGUGGCUCUCCUACUUCUUGCUGUGGCACUUGAGACAGCUGACGCAGGUCCCUAUGGUGCUAAUGUGGAGGACAGCACCUGCUGCCAGGACCACAUCCGCCACCCUCUGCCACCACGUGUCGUGAAGGAUUUCUACUGGACCUCAAAGUCCUGCCGCAAGCCUGGCGUCGUUUUGGUAACCAUCAAGGACCGUGAUAUCUGUGCUGACCCCAGGCUGUCCUGGGUGAAGAGGAUUCUCCGUAAGCUGGCCUACUGAGGACCUGAUGACCACAGAUGUGAUCACUCCAGGAAGCCCCAGCAAGCCCUGUCCUUCUGCCAUUCCAGCAAGGGGCUUGCCAUCAGCGCCGCCUUUGCUUGCCUCUUUCCCCUGGGCUAUCACCUGUCAGGCCACUUCUCUGCAGUCCCUCUAGCCCAUCCCCUUCCAACAUGGCAGCUGGGGGAGCACCUUCUGGCCAGCCUUACCCAGUUCUUCCUCCCCAUUGCUUUAGAUGAGAUCAGGGCUCUUAUUUUGGUGAGCUGGCCCUGAAGAUCUGGAUGCAUUCCCUGUCCCCAGCCGUGGUCCCUGCCCUUCCUACAUGUGGGAAAGACCUAUAUGCUUCAAGGAUGCACUACCUAGUUCUGCUUCCUGGGAGGCUGCUGAUACCCAGAGUGCAAUUCUUGCCAUAUGCACUUGUCCAGUGCCACUUACCUCCCAGGCUUCAGUCAGUCCCAGUGGGCACCCACCAAGCCUCAUCCUCCAGACUUCCUUGGCCUCUGCCCACUCUCAGUAGAAUUCUGGGAGUUUCAGGCUGGUCCACUAGGCCCCCCGGGGUCAGACCAACCUUGCCACCAGAGCUCCUCUUGUUUCUUGCUCUCUAGUGUAGGGCAGGGGACACAGGGGGACAGAGUAGGGAGCACAGAGACAGGCUCAGAAUCAGAUUUCUGAAAGGAGCUGCAGACUCCGUUAGUAAAAGUAAUGUUUCCCCCAUCCCUGGAUACAGGGCAGCUUCCUGUCAACACGGAGACUCGGGUUGUUAGAGAGAAGCAAUGCAGGUCAACUGUGAAACCCUAAAUUUACCAGGAAUCAACUUCUAUCCCUCUUUAACCAUAUGUUAGAUCUUUUACUUUUUCUGCUCCACUCUAAUUCUCCUGAUUCCUUGCCUGAAUAGCUGAUAAUGAAAUUUAUGCUAUGGUGUCAAUGACUGCCAUGGGUUGGUAUUAUAAGCUGUAGUUAUAUUUAUGUAGGAAAAGAGGAUAAAUAUAUAGGAGGCCAAAUCGAUGAAUUGGAGAGUUUUAGGAACUGGGGUAGGGAGGGCCACAUAGUAACACUUUCUUGUUCUCAGAAAGCAGCUGGCUGUGGUAACUGCAGUGGAUGGCACAGUUAAAGAGCUUGACUGAAAAUUAUUCUUGAGUGGUUGGGGCCAGGCCAAGAAUUUAGGAGUCAUUUGUGCUUUCCUGGGGAAAGCAAUGUCCUUGGGAGGGAAUAAACCUGCUUGCUCCUCUGGAGGGAAUGUGGCCCAGCUUAGCAGAGUGACUGGAUUGUGAGCUGAGGACAUUGCUUUUCCUCUCUGAGCCUCAGAUGACAGAAGAUGGGACCACGGAGGGCUCAGUCCAAACCACGGGGACUGACACUGCCAACCACAGCUGUGUCCAGGGUUCAUGUUCCUCCAGAACCCAGGAGGAGUAUCUGGGCAACAAGAGGCACUAGCCAACCAGUGCUACUCUGCCCAUAGCCUAUGCAUAGAGUCCCAAGGUCCUGAGAUCUGCCGUCUUUCCUACUUCUGGGAAAAUAAAUGUUUA